CAAAAAUCAAUUUUGCUCGAAGACCCAACUGCAACGGAGUUUAGUUACCAGUCUUAUGCUGCGUGUUAUUAGAUAGAACACAUGAUAUGAUUGGCUCCGUAUAUCACAUUACGUCAGAGGACAUGUCUGCUACAUAGGACAUAACUGCAACGGUACAAAAGGGUGCUAUGGCAGUGGCCGAGUGGGGAAGAAGGCGAGACGAGAAAAAACUUCUCGUGCGUGCCGCGCGCAUGUCUUGACCCAUUCCCCUUUACGCUAAAGCGUCACUCCUCAUAACCGGAAAACCCUGCUGAAUUUCGAGAGAAAAACAGACUGCCAGCAGUAUAUGCUCUUGGAGCUGUCGAUGUCGUUCGCGGGAUCGGAGGGCAAAUGAACCAUGAGCUGAAAUGAUAUGGAAGCUAUUGCUGGUACGAAUGCUACAAGGCCUGGAUUAACAUUCCGCCUCGCCCAGUUUGGCGAUUUCGAUGCAGUUGUAAAACUAUCGGAAGGAAUUUACGAUGGACUGGACUAUCUUCCGUUAACAUUUCACAAAUGGCUUCAGAAGGACAAUUUGGUUUUUCUACUUGCUUAUUCUGGCGACAAACUUAUCGGUUUAACAGCAUGCUUUGUGGUAGAUGAAGGUCGGACAUUUAUCCGUCGAGCGGAACGAAUUCUGGCCGAGCUUCGAGGACAAGGUCUUGUGCGACAACUGAGAGAAUAUGCCAGAAAAUAUGUCAGAGAACAUUAUCCCAGUGUACAACGAGAACGAUUCACGACUCCUGCGGAUCUUGCAAGUUCUGCGGAUAAAACAAAACUUUUAGAGUUCGAUUUCUUGGCAUACCAUGUUCAAAAGAAAUUUAAUGGUGAGGCUGAAAUAUCCAAGACCAGUUCUGUGGGGAUAAAGAUAUGCUCAAGAGAGUAUUUUUCUGACGUUAUCCUCUCUGGCCCCGUGAAAGCUCAGCUAUUUCCGGACAACAUCAUCGUCAUGAACUGGUGUCCUUUCGAGCAUCUCCGAUCAAAUGUCGAUGACAUACUACAGGAGAGCGAUGAAAUGUUUGUCGAAAAAUGUGCUGAUGAUGCCUUACCAAGGUCUUUUAGCCUUGGGACUUUUUCACCGAGAGUGAAAUUCGUAAAAUGGCUGGCUGCAUUUUACACCAAUGAUAUUGUUCUUUUUGAAGCGCAUCUCCUACACCAAUUGAAGGCUGCCAGUAAAGUAAUCAAUGGUGAUUUUAUUUUCAUUUCUCAGGUCCAAGACAAAAGCUUAACUCCUUUGGCAAGGAAAGUUAUGGAAGAACAGCUGCAAUUGAAAGAACACGGUUGGCUCUCGAACGACAAGAUGAAACUCUAUGAAAGAGAUGCUUCAAAGCAAACUUGACACAAGCCUACUUCCAUAAGAGGCUUGCUUAAUACCCCACCAAGGUAACUAACUAACAACUCUCCUCAGAGAUACACUGAAAUACAGACAGACAAGUUUAGACUACAGUGCGACUCGCUUGCCUCACCAGCUCAUCUAUUGGGGCGUCAUCUUUCGUGCCGCAGCACAUGAGAACCUGCUCGCAAGCUAAAAAUGAUUUUUAAUGAUGCUAAACAGAUUUUAAAAGUAUGUCAGCGUUAUUUCUUUUCUGUUCACUCGCAACUCUAAGAAAAUAACUUGACGGCUAGACUAAACAGUGCAUUUUUUCCUGAACGUCUUAAAUGAGAUCAAAAUCUGUGAUCUACACCCCUAAGCGGCCUGACCGAGAGGACGAGCACCUCCGACCCUUUCACAUAUCGGAAUCCUAAGAGAGCUGAGGACGACCAACCUUCUUAACUGUUGAUCACUUUACUAGAUGAGAGAGCGGACAAGCAGAAUCGCUGGAUUCUUUUAAAUCUCUUAUAAAAUCACACCAUUUCAAAGAAGCUGUUUUGUACAUGAAUCAGAGUAUGUACAAUUAUCAUUUCGUUCUGCUAUCCAAUUGUUAGAUAAUUUUCCGUAAUUGUAUAUUUUUUAUCUUUGUUCUUACGUUCCGUAAAAGGCCAUUGGUCUUUUGAAUUCUGGCGUCAUAUAAAUGAAGUGUUGUUAUUACCUAUUAUUACAGUCUAACCUCUAUUAUGUGGCCACCCCCUGUUCUAUAAAGCCCUCAGUUGAUCAAAGUCCCGAAAUUAUUGUCCGUAAAAUUAAAUACUGUAAAUAAAACUCCGAUUAACCAGCCACCUCUGUUAAGAGGCCGGGCCACCUUUUGGUCGUACCAGUGAGGGUUUUCUGAUAUUAUCCCUACCCUAUUAUACGGCCGCCCAAUAUUUAAUACACAAUGCUUAGCUCAAGUUUUUUUUUGGAAAAUGCGAUGACGGGUAAGAGUCCGAAAUAG